ACGCCCAGCUCAAUUGCUAUCUCCACUCGCCAUGUUUUCCGCAUGCAGGCGUGUAAUUGCACAGGUGUCCAGGCCGGCUAGCCGCGGAUUAUCUACGAUCUCAGGCCCGGAAGCCUUGAUAGCCUCGUCGAGUGUAAAUCAUGCUGCCCUCAAUGUUUCACUCGAUGUUUCACUACAUGAGCCUGUACCAUCUCACAAGCUCUCUCCGUUCACGCCGCCUGUCUACUUAAGCAUAUCUUCGCUCUUGCCGCCGCUGGGCGACGCUUUCUCAGCCGAAAACGUAGUCGAACUCGACCCUCACGUCUUCUCACACCCCAUUCGACGAGACAUUCUUCACCUCUGCGUUACCCAUUACCUCGAUUCCAUUCGCCAGGGCACCGCGUCAACGAAGACGCGGGGUGACGUGCGAGGGUCUGGGAGGAAGAUCCGGCCACAGAAGGGUACCGGUAGAGCACGCCUGGGCGACGGACAGAGCCCAAUGUUACGUGGAGGAGGCGUAGCCCAUGGUCCUAAGCCCCGGGAUUUCAGCACGAAGCUCAACAGGAAGGUGAUACAGAUGGGUAUGCGCGUUGCGUUGAGCGCGAGGGUGAAGGAAAAUGCUCUUGGGGUGGUAGAGAACCUGAACUGGACUGGAGGGAAGACGAAACAGUUGGACAACAGGCUUCAAGAGCUCGGAUGGCGGAAGACGCUCUUCGUCUCAGGUCUCGAGCACGUACCCCAGGGACUGCAGAAGGCGAGCAGCAACCUGAAAUACGUGCAGACCUCCACUGCUAAGGACCUCAAGGUGUAUGAUCUGGUGAAAUGGCCACGGAUUGUCCUCGAUUUUGCAGCUGUCGAUUGGUUUGAGCGGACUCUGGGGAGACCAGCCGUCGACCCUCGAGCGUAUUCUUUGUGAGAACGGUCCCCGUGUUUAGUACGGCAAUGCAUUCACCUCAUAUAUGAGAAUAUUGGAAAGUGAUCAGAUCGCCAUCUCACUGUAGCUAACGUCGAACGAUUAGUAUGGUACACGCCCUUCACUCAUUCUCCGGCGCUUCGCAGUCAC